AUGUUUGCUUCGGAAGAUAGUCUUCCGAAAAAUCAGACAACUAGAUCCGUUGGUACACCUGCUGAAGCAGCAGAAGAAAUCGAAGAUCUUCGAGAUAUUUCUAAGGAACUGACUUUAGCCAAGUCUCUCAAAAAUCCACCCUCAAUCUCUGGAGAGAAAUCUGUCUGUGAAGAAUUUGGUUCGGUAAACAAUCUCAAUAAUCGACCAGAAACUGUCACUGGUAAUGACAAAUUCACGGUUAAGGAUCGAUUGUCAUUGGUCACUGAAACAGCUCCUGUAAUUACUGCUACUAAAGUAUCUAGCCAAGAAAGGCCAGAUACUAAUCAUCUUCCUGCAGCGUUUGACGAUAUCAUCCAUGUUAUUCGCCAUAGUAGUUACCGUGUUGGGAGUGAUCAACCGGUAAAAGAAUCGGUGGAAAUGGGAGUUCAGAAUGUCGACGUUGGCAAGUUCAUCAACGCUAUGAGAGACGACACAGAAAUGAGAAACAUAACCUCUCCCAUGACUCUAAAAUCUUCAAGCUCCUCUGAAUCCGCUACCUUGAAAUCAAACAUUUCCGAUCAGUUUGAAAUGAGAAACGCAGGCUCAAGUUUCUCCGAUGCCGAGAGCUUGAAAUCAAGUGUCUCCGAACAUCCUAGCCUUAAGGAACAAGAAGUGAACAACGCUGUUUCUCUAGUUUCAGAAUCCGAUUCAGCUGAGCAUAUUAAAUGCAACGCUCCUACAACCACCGAAGACAAACCACUAGCGAAGGAAAUACUCGACGUGAAAUCUUUUCAGCAGAGAGCAGAAGCACUCGAAGAGCUCUUGGAAUUGUCCGCAGACUUGUUGCAGCAUAACAGAUUGGAAGAACUUCAAGUUGUUCUAAAGCCAUUCGGCAAAGACAAGGUCUCGCCAAGGGAGACAGCGAUUUGGUUAGCCAGGAGUCUUAAGGGAAUGAUGUCGGACGAAAACGGAAGACGUUCGUCAUCAUGA